AUGCCUUCCUCCCCUGCCCUUUCCUCCCCUGCCCUUUCCUCCCCUGCCCUUUCCUCCCCUGCCCUUUCCUCCCCUGCCCUUUCCUCCCCUGCCAUUUCCUCCCCUGCCCUUUCCUCCCCUGCCCUUUCCUCCCCUGCCCUUUCCUCCCCUGCCCUUUCCUCCCCUGCCCUUUCCUUCCCUGCCCUUUCCUCCCCUGCCCUUUCCUCCCCUGCCCUUUCCUCCCCUGCCCUUUCCUCCCCUGCCCUUUCCUCCCCUGCCCUUUCCUCCCCUGCCCUUUCCUCCCCUGCCCUUUCCUCCCCUGCCCUUUCCUCCCCUGCCCUUUCCUCCCCUCCCCUUUCCUCCCCUCCCCUUUCCUCCCCUCCCCUUUCCUCCCCUCCCCUUUCCUCCCCUCCCCUUUCCUCCCCUCCCCUUUCCUCCCCUCCCUUUCCCCAUCCUCCGCCUUUCCCUCUUCUUUACUUUCCUCCCUCCUUUCCCCUCCCCUCCCUCGCUCCCUCUCUCCUCCCCCCUCUCCCACGUACCCACUCGAUCGAGCGUUUGAGCGAGCUUUGCACGUUCCCACGUGUGCUGUGGGCAGCAGCAUGGGGAAAAGGGAAAGGAGAGGGGUGGGUGUCGAGGGAAGGGACCCACUCACCCCUCUCCGCUCUUCCCCCCUCCCCAUCUCCCAUUCUUUCCCCUCUCCCUUACCUUCUCUGCCCCUCUUCCCCUCACACCCCUUCCCCCUCUCCCCCCUCUCCCCCUCUCCUCCUCUCCCCCGUUCUCCCCGCUCUCCCUGCUCCCCCCGCUCCCCCUUCCCCCCUCCCUUGA